AUGGGUGGUGGUUUGAAGUACACCUCGGCGUACCUCUUGUCUGCCAUGAAGGGCGACGAGGUCACGGCCGACAGCAUCAAGGCCAUCUUCACUUCUGGUGGUCUCGAAUUCGAGCAGGAAAUGAUCGACUUGGUCUUGAAGAAGAUGGCUGGAAAAACCGUCCAGGAGAUCAUCGCUGCUGGUAUGAACUGAUUAAAUCUAUGGAUGAUGCAGCUUCAUCAAGUCAAUUUACUUAGACCGGGCAAGCUCAGAAGAGCUUGUAAGAGAAGUUAAAGUACUAGGUGCAGGUGUUUGAAUGUACUUGUUUUUAUGUGUAUAUAUAAGUUUCUAAUGAAAUACUAUUGUAGUUAUUGUCGUCGUCUACUCCUCCAUCUACUCCACCAAGUAUUUCCUUGAAAAUAGGUUUGCCGAAGCUCGAGGCAUGCGGUGGCGGCGGCGGUGGCGGCGGCGGUGCCGCUGCUGGCGGUGCCGCAGCUGGCGGUGAUGCCGCUGGUGCCGCUGAGGAGAAGAAGGAAGAGAAGGUUGAGGAAGAGGAGGAUGACAUGGAAUUCGACCUCUUCGAUUGAUCGAGUUGUGAUGUCGUAGCUCGACAACAUCAUCUUCGGCAUUGUCUUGGCGAAGGCAAGAUGAAUGAUCAUCGUCUAGCAAGACGAUGAUGUGACAACCAAUCCUCGUUCC